GCCGGUCGCUCCGCGGGCUCUAGGGGGAAGACAGGGUGAGCCCCCCGCCGCGGGGAGAGCGCGGACACCCCGCCAGGGCGCCCAGCGGCCCCGGCCAUGGACAGCGAUGAGGAUACGCUGGAGGAGACCGUGGAAGGGCUUCUGGAUGAUGAUGGGUUGCCACAUGGGUUCUGUACAGUCACCUAUUCAUCCACAGACAGAUUUGAAGGAAACUUUGUGCAUGGAGAAAAGAACGGCCGUGGCAAGUUCUUCUUUUUUGAUGGAAGCACACUGGAAGGGUAUUAUGUCGAUGAUGCUCUCCAAGGCCAGGGACUCUACACAUACGAGGAUGGAGGGGUUCUUCAUGGCACGCAUGUGGAUGGAGAACUUAAUGGACCUGCCCAGGAAUAUGAUAUCGAUGGACGACUAAUAUUCAAAGGGCAGUACAAAGAUAAUAUUCGACAUGGCGUGUGUCGGAUAUAUUACCCGGAUGGAGGCAGCCUUGUAGGAGAAGUGAAUGAAGAAGGGGAGAUGACGGGGGAAAAGAUAGCCUAUGUGUAUCCUGAUGAGAAGACUGCAUAUUAUGGAAGGUUCAUAGAUGGAGAAAUGAUAGAAGCAAAACUGGCAACUCUUACAUCUGUAGAGGAGGGAAAGCCACACUUUGAAUUGGUACCAGGCAGCCCAGUAUACAGUUUUGAUAAAUCUACUUCAUCUUGCAUUUCUACAAAUGCACUUCUUCCUGAUCCUUACGAGUCAGAGAGGGUAUAUGUUGAUGCAUCUCUCAUUUCCAGUGCUGGCGAAGGAUUAUUUUCUAAAAUAGCAGCAGGAUCGCGCACGGUUAUGUCCUUUUACAAUGGAGUGCGAAUUACACACCCGGAGGUGGACAGCAGAGACUGGGCCCUCAAUGAAAACACAAUAGCCCUGGAUGAUGAAACAGUCAUAGAUGUGCCGGAGCCUUACAACCAUGCCACCAAGUAUUGUGCCUCGCUGGGGCAUAAGGCCAACCACUCCUUCACUCCUAAUUGCAUCUAUGACCCGUUUGUUCAUCCUCGUUUUGGGCCAAUCAAGUGUAUACGCACCAUCAGGGCUGUGGAGAAGGAUGAAGAACUAACAGUGGCUUAUGGAUAUGAUCACAAUCCCAUCGGGCAGAAUGGGCCAGAAGCACCAGAAUGGUACCAGGUGGAACUGAAAGCCUUCCAGGCUGCCCAGCAGAAGUGAAAUGCAGGCAAAUGCUCAGUUCAGCGAACUGAAAUAGAAACUUUGAUCUAUGCACUACCUUUAUACUAAAAACUGGACAACCAGGGAUUUGUUCAUGCUGUUGCAUCAUAACCUCUCAUUCAGUGUUAGAAAUAAGUUUCUUGCAUACUAACUAAGUUUGACUGCAUUAUUCAUAGCAGAUUUAAAAAUAGCUAGUGUUGCACCAGUCUUAUCUGAAAGAAUUAUUAAAUAUUCUAUACAAGGCAGCGUGAUAUUUUUAGUAGCUUUUAUCUAAUUUUGCACCAUAUGCAAAGAUGCCAAAAGAUUAGACAGAAAAUGAAAAGAUCAUUCACUUUUAGUCAGCAGACUUCAGUGUUACUAUUUCUACGGCCUAGGCAUUACUGUGCAGCUGCAUUUUACAUACAUGCCAUUUGUGAUGAUAAUAAUAUUUUGAUAUUCUCUAA